GAGGAAACUGAAGGACAAAGUUUCCCUGAAUGGUAAAAUGGAGAGAUAAGAUGCGUUUGAGCUCGAAAUGAUGCUACUACUACAAGCUUGUCAAAAUUACAAACUGCAUCGUGCAUGGCAUAUAUCAGAUAUCAUGUCAGACUACGAGGUCAAUACCCUUUUGGGAAGUAGUUUCGCACAAGCCAAAAGCUACUGAGCCCGAUCAAGUUAUAUAAGUACUAGGCACUCAGUAAAAGAUUAGGCUGGUCGUUCAACUUUCGAUAUUCAUAAUCAUUCAUUGGAAUUGUAUAUGGAUUAUUGUGACCACCAUGGCAAAUUACACACCUGUCAUCGUAUGCGCAUAUAUUUUUCUAGUUGUGGCGCAAGCAGCAUUGAAUAUUUCACUAAGCACAACUAUCUCCAUGGAUCCAGAAUCAACCUACUUAAUACUUCCUAAUUAUUACGGCAAUAUCAGUCAGAGUUUUAUCGAUACGCAAACAAACAAUGCGAAUUUAUCAGUCUUACUCACUUCCGCAAAGGCAAGCGCAUUCAUAUCCUACGAUCCUGAAUUCCUGAAACUACUAGGUCUAAAUCCCACGGCCACUCUUAUUGCCCAGCGAAAUAAUUCGUUCGCGAACGAAGCCGGUAUAUGGGUACCAGAUCGCAAUGAAGUGUGGUUUACAAGCUCUUCAGUGGAUGACACUACGACGAUCUCGGUUUUGAACCUCAACACUUCCAAAAUACACACCCCAUUUACUAGUAUCCCCAUAAUAAACCCCAAUGGAGGGACUUAUUUCAAUCAUCUUGUAUAUUUCGCUGGUGAUGGCAAUGCCACUAUUUCUCCUGCAAUCUAUGCUAUCGACCCAGCCACAGGCUACACAGAAGUCAUCAUAAACUCCUACUUCGGUGUCCCAUUCAAUGGACCUAAUGAUCUCACCUGGGUAAAUCAUUAUGGAACUCCCUAUCUGUUCUUUACCGACGACCCGCUCUCCUCGCUUUACGAUGGUGGACCAUCAGCCGUUCUCCCAGAUGCCGUCUGGCGUUUCUCUCCCACAACAAAGUCUCUUGUUCCUGUGAUAUCCCGUGCAGAUAUCUUGGUACCUAAUGGUAUUAACGUUGAUGCUGCCAUGAAUAUACUCUACAUUACCGAUACCACACCCAUAACAACAACCGAUUCUGGUGGAUACAAUUCCGGCUCCAAUGCUAUUUAUAAGUUCGAUCUCGAUUCUGACACGUUCCCUAUCAAUAAAAGACUAAUUGGAAUCUCGAGAAAAGGAAUCCCGGAUGGUAUUCACGUAGAUGAUAAGAGUAGAAUAUGGACGGCUGAGGGUGAAGGAAUUGUAGUGAGAAAUAAUGUGGGAAAAGUGUUGGGGUUGUUCAAUGCGGAGCUCUUUCUGGACGAUCCCGUGGGAGAACCGGGUAUUGAGAUUGCAAACUUCGCUUUGGCGGGCGACGUCUUGGUUGUGGAGGGAAGUGGGAAGUUGUGGACUGUGAAACUUGCAGAGGUGGUUGUGAGUCCAAAUCGCUAUGUACUUUGAUGUCUAGGUUGUUGUAUCGACUAGUAAACAAUAACUCGAACGAGCA